AUGGAAAAAGGCCCUUUGGGCUGUCUCUGCCACCAAGUGGAUGCUGUUGACGGCUUAGUGUUCGAGGUAGAGCUGCGCCAGCUGCAGCAGCAGUUCCCCGGGGGGCCCCCUGAGGGGCCCCCCUGGGGGGCCCCCGAGGGGCCCCCGGGGGCCCCCCCAGGGGCCCCGAGAGACCCGGGGGGCCCCCAAGAGCCUUGGGUGUACCCUGGCAAUCUGCAGUGUGCACAGGAGUACCCCGGUGACCCUCAGGGGCACUUUGGGGGCCCCCAGGGGUACUGGGGGGCCCCCCAAGGGUACACGGGGGGCCCCCAGGAAGACGUGGGGGGCCCCCAGGGUCACUUAUGGGGGCCCCCGGGAGGGUCGGGGGCCCCCCAGGGGUACUGGGGGGGCCCCCAGGGGUACUCGGGGGGCCCCCAGGAAGACUUGGGGGGCCCCCAAGGGUACUGGGGGGGCCCCCAAGGGUACUGGGGGGCCCCCCAGGGCCUCUUGGAUGAGCGUUUAGGUGUAGAGACGGCUGGGGGUUGCUGGAAGGAAGAGAAGUUUGUUGUGGGGUGGCAGCAAAAGGUAUUUAGUCAAAUGGAGCGGGGGGUGUACAUGCAGCCGCUGGACGUGGAGGAGCAGCAAAUGUGUCCGCGUUGGGUUUUUUAUCAGCAGCAGCUGCUGCAGGAGUUCAAAAGAGACAAAAAGGAGACACUUUUUCCCGGAGACAAAAAACAAUCUUCUUUUUACACUUUCACCGACGGAGACAUCCGAGAAACCCUCCCCUUUCUCCUCCUCAGGGCCCAGCAAAAGGGCGCCAAACACCCCGCGAGGCCUCCUCGAAGCAGCGUUUGCUGCGUCGCUGGCUACCACUGCGAGAAUAGUGACUGCGAAGGCCUCCAGGUGGCGCUUCACGAGGGGCAGUUUGGAAGACAGCGCAGCCAAACGUGGCGCGGGCGCGGGAAACACCCCCGCGUUGGUGAACAGUUUGUUGACUUCGCUGUGCAACAUUUCGCCCUUCUUUAG